AUGGAGCUGCCUCGAAAACGAGGUGGAAGGAGGAACAAGAUCCCAGAUUACCCACUCAACGCUCCAUCGACGGUUGUGCGGCAAGCGCUCAUCCCGAAUGGCCCCGGGUUUUCGAACGCACACAAAUGGCGUGAAAUGGGAUGGAAUACGUCAUCUCCAGCUGAGUAUUUGCUACAGGCAAAUAGCCAAGAUUUUAAGCAAACACUGGCGUAUGCAGAAGAUUAUAUGCAGAGACAAGAGCUGUUGAAUUCCACUGACUUCAGUACCGGAGUUGGAGCAUGCAAGUCUCCUGCCAAUACCUUUUCGAAAGCAGGAUAUUUCCCUCGAUCUAUAAGUUUUUCCAACACGACGACAACCGCCAGCACCCGCGGGAUUGCUGAAGUUGGCUCAGCACAGUCGGAAGAGGAGCGAACACUGCUGAAGAACACCAUGCUACGUGAAGGUUUGCUGGUUAAGCUGCACGAUCUCAUAAAGACCGCGAGACCUCCACAAUCUCUGCUUCAGCCGCACGUUCCUCCGAAAGAACCAGUGUUUGACGUAUCCAAGGGCACUGAGGUGCUUCACGUCCUGCUGCAAUUACGUGACGUCGGCAUCCUGGUGGUGGAAAAUAUUUUACGUUGGCACGAGUUGCGUGUGCGACUGGCUCCGAUGGCUCCUCUUCUUCCAUUUCGCUUCGAAAAUUACAAUUACUGCGUCAAAAUGCUGUCAGAUUUGAACUUUCUAAGCACCAUCAAAAGUCUGGGCACCGUAUUGGGUGUCAAUCCAUCCACAAUGAAGCAGAACCCCUUCAUGAUGCCUGCCCCGAUCCCGGAACGUGACUUUAAAGGUCUGCGUGACAAACCUUGGCGCAGCUUACGGCUGUUUACUAGCAGUGACGACCCCGUUCAGCGUGUAGCAGAUGCGGAGAGGUAUUUAGUGUGGUGUCUGUCCAACCUCCAGGAUUUACCAGUACCGGCAUCGCCUUCUCCAGCUCGUUGUGGUACGAAAGGCCUCUCACCGACAUCUUUGAUUCAACAGCAGAAGCGAACAUGGCAACAACGAGCCGAGAAGCAGCUUGAAAUGUUGUCGAUGCCUUUGGAAUCGCUAUCUGGUCCAACGUACACCCAAGACUCGUCGAAAAUGAUGAAGAGGAAAGGGGUACUACCUUCACUCCCUCAGUCUCCUCCGAAGACACUGCGAGAACUUAUGGGGAAAGAGUUUGCAGCCAACGCCGCCGAUUUCAAGGCACUUGGAGCACUCGACGCUCCUCCCCAUCACAUGGUGACACUCGUUGCAGCAAGUGUCCUCAUCCUUCUCAGCCCGGCCGAUCAACUUCCAAAAGAUUUGUCCUGGCCAUCAUGUCAGAAGAUGCUCCGACGUGGCGAGUGUUUAAUUCAGCGAGUUCAAGUCUUCGAUGUGGCAGAAGUGCCGGCUUUCAAGUGGAAGGCACUGGUGCCGUUUUUGCAGAACGAGCAUUUCCAGCCCAAAUUCCUUUCGCAAUUCUCCUGUGCUGCCAGUAGCAUGUGUGCUUGGAUAUUCUCCGUGCUGCGUGCAGCUCAGCAACAAGACUACGCGCGUUUGGGACUGCAUACGAGUGGCGAAUUAGAUGCUGUGGGCGAAGAAGACCGUCUCGAACUGCUUUCCGAACUGGAAGAGAACGAAUCACAACUACCGCCGCUAUCGCGCUCAAAAAGUGGCAAGCGCGUGAGUAUCGGGAGCGCGGAGGUUCUCUUUAUUAACGAAAACCAGCCUGUGAAGAUGAGUACACCACGGAUCAGCUCGCGUCCCUUGUCACGACGCAGUGAGCGCCCUGCAAGCAAUAACCAAUUUACAGUCUGCAGCUUAUACAGCAGUGGGCCGAGCAACGCUCUUCUGCGCACCAGCCCGUGGACGUAUCGCGGCGUAGUCUACUUCGUGUCUUUUUUCCUCCAAGAGCGAUCGCAACAAGAGGAGGAAGCGAUUGAAGAGACGGAAGAACGUCGUCUGAUGAUCAAGAUCUACGAGCCCAUGAGCUCCGUAGAGUCACAAAUGUCGGUGGACACUGAAGACUUGCGUCAGGACUUUGGCGUUAAAGCAUUGGUGGCGUUCCAGAGUGGACAAUACCGAACUCUGUGUGAUGUUAUGCUUCGGCAGCUUGACAAGAUGAUGGGAGCUGAUAGCAGAAAACUUUCUCUAGUAACUCCACUAGAGCGGAACGAUGCCUCGGUACUGAAAAUCCAGUGCGCAGCUCGACAGCAGCAAGCUCGUGGGAAGGUGAAUCGUGCACGGGCUCAGAAGGAGCAAAUGGAGGCGUCCGCGCUGCGGAUCCAGUGCGCUGCACGGCAGAAACAAGCUUGCCGAAAAGUUGAUCGCAAUGUUGUAGUGCCAGAGUCGCGACCUGGCACAGUGAUGAGUUACGCCUCGGACCAAUUUGAGGACGACUUUGAGGCGGCGUAA